AUAGUGAAUGAGUUGAAGAAAAUCCAUUUCGCCACUACAGCAGGAGAGGAUGUAUUCUUUGAUGAGAAUGGAGACCCAGCAGCGAGGUAUGAUGUGCUGAACUGGCAGCAAGGCAAAGAUGGUAAAACAAUGAUUGUUAAAGUGGGUUUUUAUGAUGCCUCUCUGCAAACACACCGUCAGCUGUCAUUUAACAACAACAGUAUAUCCUGGGCCCAAAACAAGGUGCCAGUCUCUGUGUGUAGUCCGAGCUGUCCCCCGGGCACCAGGAAGGCUGUGCAGAAAGGAAGGGCAAUCUGCUGCUUUGACUGUAUACCAUGCGCAGAGGGGGAAAUAAGUAACAUAACAGAUUCUAUAACUUGUAUCAAGUGCCCUCCUGAACUGUGGUCUAAUGACAAGAAGGAUACUUGUGUCUUAAAGCUGGUGGAAUUCCUGUCAUUUGAGGAAAGAAUGGGAAUCAUUCUUGUAUCAUUUUCUUUGUUAGGAGUAUCUUUCACCAUCAUCAUUAGUGUAAUUUUCUUUAAACACAAGGACACACCAAUUGUUAGAGCAAAUAAUUCUGAACUGAGCUUUCUGUUACUCUUCUCUCUUACUCUGUGUUUUCUCUGUUCAAUUACUUUUAUUGGAUGGCCAUCUGAUUGGUCCUGUAUGCUUCGCCAUACAGCGUUUGGGAUCAUCUUCGUCCUCUGCAUCUCCUGUGUUCUUGGGAAAACGGUAGUGGUGUUAAUGGCCUUCAGGGCUACACUUCCUGGCACUAAUGAUGAAAUGGUUUGGGCCUCUACAGCAGAGACUCAGUGUACUUGCCUUCACUCUUGACAGGUCAUUAUUUGUGUGCUUUGGCUAAAUGUUUCUCCUCCUUUUCCUUACAAAAAUAUGAAUUACUACAAGGAAAAGAUUAUAUUAGAAUGUAGUUUAGGUUCAGCUAUAGGUUUCUGGGCUGUGCUGGGUUAUAUAGGAUUUUUGGCCUUUUUAUGUUUUAUUUUGGCUUUUCUGGCUCGAAAGCUACCUGACAAUUUCAAUGAAGCAAAAUUCAUCACAUUUAGUAUGCUCAUAUUCUGUGCAGUUUGGAUCACUUUUAUUCCAGCUUAUGUCAGCUCUCCUGGAAAAUUUACUGUAGCUGUGGAGAUAUUUGCCAUUUUAGCAUCAAGCUUUGGUUUACUAUUCUGCAUAUUUCUCCCAAAGUGUUAUAUAAUCAUCCUGAAACCAGAGAAGAAUACUAAAAAGCAAAUGAUGGGUAAAUGAUUUAGCUAGCUAAAUUGUCAGUAGUUUUGCACUGUUUAAUAUAUGUUUUAGCUUAGCUAAAAGACUUUUAAACAAAUCAUCAUAGAGACCUAUUAUUCAAUUAAUACAACAAAUAAAGUUAAAAUAAUGCUUAGUUCUUUAAAAAAAAUCACGUAAAAUUUUUAAAAUUUUUGCUCUUUUGUCAGCCCAAGUUGAUUAGCCUGCAAGAAAUAAACUUAUAAACUUGCAAAAGAGACACACGUCGUCAUUAUCAGCUACUAUGAUCUAAUCUAGGACCAGAAGAUUACUAUGAACAAACUUCAGGAGCCAGACAAAAAAUGUUUGAACUGGCCUAAAUAACUUUAUUUCAUAAAUGAACACUAUAAACACAUGAGAACACAUUGUCAUUGUUAUUGCAGGACUCAUUUUCUUAUGUGUAAACGAGUUUCUUAUUUCUUAUGAGACUUGUGUGGCUAGUGUUCUGUGAGUGCCAUCCUUCAGGUACCCAGUAGGCUGUACAGAAAAGAAGCUUGUUUGCUGUUAUGACUGCAUGCCAGGCUCACUAAGGAACAAAAGAUUGCUUUCCAGCUUGGCCUUUUGGUAUACAUGGUCAACAGAAAAAGGAUACUGUAUGGGCAAAUAAAAGAGAAAUAUGUAAAUAUAGAGCAAUGAUCUUCUUAUUAAGAUUUAAUUAAAUGUUUUUAUGUUUAUUUUUUUCCAUGUGGUUCCUCAGAAGCAGAUAUGGGACUUAUAGACAACCUUACCAACUUGUAGACAACAUCAAAACAUGGAUUCUCUGCAUAAUAGAUUUAAAUGCAUGUGAUGCCACAAAUGGGCAUGUCAUCACUAAACAUUUAGCAUACACAAUAUUCUUCUUUCUAAAGAAAGACUCAUUGUCAUUAAUUAAAUUUUAUUGUCAAUGUAUUGUGAAAAAUUUGCCCAACAUCGGGUUUGGUGAUUAGAAGAAUUUGCAUAAUGAAUGAAUAGCUCACAUUUUACACAAGGGUGUGCAGUUUAUUUAGAUGAUGUCAUUGUUUAUACUGACAGCUAGGAUCAGCAUGUGAUCCAUGUUCGAGCUUUGUUAUAACAUAUGGCGGAAGCUGGCUUGACUGUGAAUCUGUCUAAAUGUGAUUUUGCUAACCGCCACUGAUACAUACUUGAGGAAGGAGCUCUGUCAGGGUAGGGUGCACUCUUUGCAUGCAAGGUGCUUGUAAAAAAGUUUUCCUACUCUAUGCAUUACGAUGGAGCUGAUGAGGUUUAUUGGAAUGGCCAGCUACUGCUGCAGUUUUUGCCCAAAUUUUCAUUCAGUGGUGUGUCAGUUAACUAACUUUUUGAAAAUCUCGGGUUAAGUUUGCAGUGACCCUCGGAUCUUUUUGUACAGGCCGUGCCCUCAGUAUGAGGGAGUGGGUAUUCUUGUUCCCACAGAGUUCAGUUAAGGCAACGUGAAGUUCCCUUUGAAAGGGAACCCUGUUCCCUCAGAAGGACACGAGACAUUGCGUAGCUUUGUCAUACUGGGGCAUGCCUGUGAAUUGUGUCUUCGCUUCAUAUAUUAGAGGCUGACAGCAUGAUUCAGGUAUUGUUUAUAUAUCACGCAACGGGCUUAAUUGCCACGUCACCUGAUCAUGGCAGGCCUAUAAAUAGGCAUAAUGUUACAUAAGCUUCAGAUACCGGUCACGCACGAGGGAGUCUCCCACAGCAUUCAGCUAACGCAUUGUCUCAUUCCCUUCUCAUGGAACAGGAUUACAUGCGUAACCCAGAGGUUUUCACAUAGCUUGUCAGAAUCCCCCCCCCAAAAGUGUUCUUUUUUCUUUAUAUCAUGUUUGUUCUCAUCUUAAGCCAUAACGAGGCUCUGCUUGGGCCACUCUUUUUCAUAAUCUGUGAAAUAGAAGACAUGUCAAACCACACACUACAUACAUCACAUUUGUGAGUGCACUGUCAAAGUCCUAUCAUCACCAAAAGUAGCUGUACCCAUGCAGGAUAAGGGGCCAAUUUUCUAACCUUGUUGUCUAACAUUACUGUGUAGAAAACUGGCAGAAUGCAAUGUUAUAUAUUUUUUCAAAUUCAGCAAUUUUACUUUGUCCAAAAAUAUUCAUAUGCCCCCAAAUCUGACUUUGCACCAUUUUAUUGUAAAUGUAACCUGUAAUAAACCAAAGGCAAAUAAAAUA